GACUGGCGGACGGGGCCCGCCGGCGCUGCAGCCUGCAGCGCGGCGGCCUCCUCUGGGGCGGCGCCUAGGCCUCCGCCGCUCGGCGGCCCUCUGGGCGAGGGCGCCGCGGAGCGGCGGGCGACGGGCUCUGCUCUGGGGCACGCCGGAGCCAGAGCCUGCAGCGCGGCCUUCUCGGGGGCGGCGCCCGGGCCUCCGCCAGACGAGCAGCCGCCGGGCGCUGCUGCCUCGGGCGAGCUGGCCGAGGCCAAGCGGCGCCGCCUCGGCGUGCCCGCCGAGGGCGCGCUGUUCCACGGCGCGAUGUGCGCCAUCUGUCAGGAGGUGAUCCACCGCGCCGCAAGCGCACAGCCGUGCAUGCACACCUUCUGCAGCUCCUGCCUUGGCACCUGCCUCCAGUCGAAGCUUAGCUGCCCAGUCUUCGUGGGCGAGGAACAUCUCUGUAUUCCCGGCCUCGCGGGCUGGGCUCCUGAGCCGUGA